UCUGCUACUUUUGACAGAGAAGCCUAAUGUAAUUAUAUUUUUACAUGGGGAGCAAAAAGAGAAAACGUCCAUAUAUAUAUGUUUAUAUAAACAAGUUUUUAUUCCCAUUCAAAGCAAAGCUAACAAAAUUUCAGAGAAGAGAGAUCGAUGAAAAUAAUGGCUUGGAGGAGCUUCAGCCUCCACCUUCAACUGCAAAGGCCAUUAAGAUUUGGUACCAUUCAAUCUCUAACUCUAUUAUUAUCUUCCAAUUCUUUCCAUUCUUCUACUCCCACACAUCCGAAAGAUGCACAUUUCUUUACUUAUAACUUCAAAUCUGCUUCUUUUACCCACCUUGACGAUGCCUUAGCUUCUUUCAAUCACGUUAUUCAUAUGCAUCCUCUGCCUUCUAGGGCUCAAUUUAAUCGAUUUUUAUCUGCCCUUGUGAAAAUGAAACAAUAUCGCACUGUCGUUUCCUUAUCCAAAACAAUUGAAUUGCUAGGGAUCUCACACAAUAUUUAUUCUCUUAACAUCUUGAUUAAUUGCUUCUGCCACUUACACCUUGUGGAUUUUGGCUUCUCUAUUUUUGGGAAAAUCAUCAAAUUUGGAUUGGAGCCUACCAUUGUAACACUUACUACCUUGAUUAAUGGGCUCUGUAUAGAGGGUAAAAUUGAUCAUGCAAUCGACUUUUUCGAUCAUAUGGUCCUGGCAGGUUAUCAACCUGAUGUCUAUGCUUACAACGUGUUAGUGAACGGUCUGAGUAAAUUUGGAAAAACAAAUGUGGCAAUUGGUUUGCUAAAGGGAAUGGUUCAGAGAGGUUGUGAGCCAAAUGCCGUGACAUACAGUACAAUCAUCGAUGCCCUUUGCAAGGAUAAGCUAGUUGUUGAGGCUUUACACCUCUUCUCUCAAAUGAGGAAUAAAGGCAUCUCACCUACUGUCAUAACUUAUUCCUGCCUAAUUCAUGGUCUUUGCAAUUUAGGUAAAUGGAACCAAGCUUUGGCCCUGUUGAAUGAAAUGGUCGGACAGAACAUUUCCCCAAAUGUUAUUACCUUCAGUAUAUUAAUUGAUACUCUUUGUAAAGAAGGAAUGAUUUCAGAGGCGCAAAAUAUAAUCAAACUAAUGUUUCAGAUCAGUGUGGAGCUUAAUGUGGUCACUUAUAACUGCUUAAUUCACGGUUUUUGCAAUUUGGGCAAAUGGAAUCAAGCUUUGGCGUUGUUGAAUGAAAUGGCGAGGCAGAAGAUAUCACCAGACAAUAUUACAUUCAAUGUUUUGAUUGGCAGUCUUUGUAAGAAAGGAAUGGUUUCAGAGGCUCAAUGUAUAAUCAAAAUAAUGAUACAAAUAGGUGUGGAGCCUGAUGUGAUCACUUAUAACUGCUUAAUUCAUGGUCUUUGCUAUUUAGGCAAAUGGAAUCACGCUUUGGCUUUGUUAAAUAAAAUGGUGGGCCAUAACAUAUCACCAGAUGUUGUUACCUUCAAUACAUUGAUUGACACUCUUUGUAGAGGAGGAAUGUUUUUAGAGGUUCAAGGUAUUUUCAAUAUGAUGGUUCAAAGAGGAAUAAAGCCCGAUGUUGUCACUUACAAUUCAUUGAUGUGCGCAUAUUGUCAGCGUGGCCAAAUGGAUGAAGCUAGAAAUGUAUUUGAUUUGAUUGUAACCAAUGGAAUAGUUGAUGCUAUUAGCUACAACACAUUGAUUAAUGGAUAUUGCAAGAGCAAGAGGAUAGAUGAAGCAAAGGAACUUUUUGAUGACAUGCCUCAAAAAGGUGUAGUUCCUAACUCUCUUACAUUCAACACUCUUUUAAAUGGCUUGUGUCAAGCAGGGAGAUUGCAGACUGCACAAGAGGUUUUCAAAAAUAUUUGUUCUCAGAGUCAGCAGCCAGAUAUAAUGACUUUCUCAAUUUUGCUCGAUGGUUGGUGCAAGCAGGGAGACCUUGAUGAGGCACUCACACUAUUUAAAGCAAUGGAAGAAAGUCAGUUGGAGCCUGAUCUUGUGAUCUACAACAUUUUGAUCGAUGGUAUGUGCAAAGCUGGAAAGGUUAAUGAUGCCAAAGAAUUGUUCUCUAGGCUUUUUGAAAAUGAUUUACAGCCUGAUGUCAAUAUAUAUCAUACAAUAAUGAAAGGACUUUGUAAGGAAGGGUUACUAAGUGAAGCAUACAAGGUGUUCAGAGAAAUGGAAAAGGGUGGAUGUUUACCGGAUGAUUAUUGUUAUAAUGUGAUUAUUCAAGGGUUUCUUAGGCACAAGCAUGUACCAAGGGCAAGUCAACUUAUUGAUGAAAUGUUUAGCAAGGGAUUUUCUGCAGAUGCCACGACUGCUGAAUUGGUAGCACUUAUUGCACAAUGACAGUCUCAUUCUAAGUAACUUGCCCUUGGUACAUGCUUGUGCCUAAGAAACCCUUGAAUAAUCACAUUAUAACAAUAAUCAUCCGGUAAACAUCCACCCUUUUCCAUUUCUCUGAACACCUUGUAUGCUUCACUUAGUAACCCUUCCUUACAAAGUCCUUUCAUUAUUGUAUGAUAUAUAUUGACAUCAGGCUGUAAAUCAUUUUCAAAAAGCCUAGAGAACAAUUCUUUGGCAUCAUUAACCUUUCCAGCUUUGCACAUACCAUCGAUCAAAAUGUUGUAGAUCACAAGAUCAGGCUCCAACUGACUUUCUUCCAUUGCUUUAAAUAGUGUGAGUGCCUCAUCAAGGUCUCCCUGCUUGCACCAACCAUCGAGCAAAAUUGAGAAAGUUCUAAAGGUGCAAAUGUGAAGUGAGCUUUUAAAUAUCAACACUUGAUCAACAGAUGCAGGAGAUUUUCGUUGUGUUGUGUGUUAUUGGUACUUCACUGUAUUUCAAUAAUAGUGCAAUUACAAUGUUGCUAGUUGGAAGCUUCUUCUUUAUACAAGAAACUAUUUAGAAUUAGUACUCAACUCUUGUUUUGAGGUUUUACAUGCGCUGUAACAUUAAUGAAUGUGUUUUAAUACUGCAUUGUGCUGAAUGUGUAAAUUAACUUCAAUUUUCUAUAUGCAAUGACAAAAUGGUACGUAUUCUCUUAUAUAUGUACCCAUUUCACUGA